AAACAACAAUGCAUCAUUGUCCUGGAGCCUACAAAUGUACCUCUAGUAAAAUGUGCAUCGAUCUUAAUGAGGUAUGCGAUGGACACAGACAUUGUAUUAACGGAGAUGAUGAGAUAUUCUGUGAAUUCAAAUGUCCAGCAUUUUGUGUCUGCACUGGUUUAAUUGUUAAAUGUUCGAAAGGAAAGAAAAUUUCGGCAUCUAAUCUGAGAAAAUUUCCAAGAUUGACUCGAUCGCUAGAACUGAGGAAUAUUCAAACUGAUAUUCUUUUACAAUCCAAUGUGUUAAAUUUUCCUUUCCUGUACAAUUUCAACAUGUCAGAGUCAGGUUUAGAAAAUAUUGAGAUAAAUAGCUUUGCUAAACUUUCAAAUUUAAAAAUUCUUGAUUUAAGCCACAACAGUUUGUCACAGCUAAAAAAUGGUAUGUUUUCUGGUUUGCAAAAUUUACAAACAUUAAUACUCGAUGGAAACAAAGAUAUAAACACGUUAGAGCCCUUCACAUUCCAACAUUUAAAGUCUAUCCGUGCGUUGCGUAUAACUGGGACAAAAUUAUUUGCCUUAAAAUCCAACACAUUUGCUGGUUUAAAUCUUGACAUACUUGAUUUAAGAAACAACAGAAUUAAGAUCAUUGAAGAAUUUGGUCUUGGAAAUCUUGCUGUUAUUCAUAUUCGUUUCCAAGGAAAUGAUAUCGUUGACUUUCAUAAAGGGGUUUUCACCGGUGUUUCCUCACUCAAGACUUUGCAUUCACCAGGAUACAAGUUCUGCUGUAUAAGACCUAACUAUGUAUCUGAGAGUAAUUGUCUACCUACGAAAGAUGAGUUUUCCUCAUGUGAAGAUCUGAUGAGGGUAUCGGCCUUACAAACAAUGCUUUGGCUGAUAGGAUUAUGUGCACUGCUCGGAAAUAUUUUGUCAGUGAUAUACAGAUUGAUAUUUGACAAAGAGCGCCUACGUCUUGGAUAUGGUAUUUUUGUAACAAACCUUGCUGUAGCUGAUUUCUUGAUGGGGGUGUACCUUAUGAUCAUAGCCGUGGCAGAUGCUGUUUUUAGAAAAAGAUACAUUUUCAUGGAUGACUAUUGGAGAAAUAGUGUAUGGUGCACAUUUGCUGGGGUACUGUCAACUUUGUCCUCCGAGGCUAGCGUAAUGUUCCUUUGCCUUAUUACCAUCGAAAAUUUUUGUUUUUUAAAUUCCCUUUGGAAAAUCCCUUUUAAUACCCGAAAAAAGGGUUUUUGGGAUCAAUUUUCGGUGUUUGGGUUUUUGCUUUAUCAAUUUCACUAG